ACAAAUAAACGUCUUGGAUUCGGAUGUAAAAGUGAAGGUGAUGAUGGUCCUGCUGAUUGUGAUGAUUGUGAAGGUUUUGAUUGGUCCAUAAUCUAAAAUAUAGCAAACGAAACAAACAAACAAACAAACAGACAAAAGGAGAUUUAAGUUAAUUUUUUAAUCACGAUAAUUGUUGAAAUUGUUUAUCGAUGAUUACAAAUAACUAUUUCUUUCUUCUGAUUGUUGUUAAACUUUUUAUACGAUUAACUGAUUGUACUAAAGUCUCACCUUUGUUGGACCUUUGUGACGAUGGUAUGAUCGAUACGGCGGUUCGGACAAUCGAUGGGCGAAUUUAUAUUUUCAAGGGAGAAAAUUAUUUCAAUUGGUCAUCUGAUCUGUCGAAACCUUUACUGCCUGAUAGACCGUUGGCUGAUUGGAACAAUUUAAUCACUGGAAUUCAUGCAAGUUUAACGAUUACCGAUCAAUCUAACCGAUUAUUUGGAAAUACUUUUUUCUUCAAGGAAAACCGUUGGUUCCAAUUUUCUAAUCAACAAUUUAUUCGAACUAAUUUAACCAGCUAUUGGAUUGUUGAUCCAAUUCAUGCCAAGUAUAUUCUUCCAAUGUACAAUGAAUCGAUAUUUGGAUUUUUCUCCCUAAUUUCUCCUCGACUUGUAGUUCGAACCAUUUUCGAAUGGUACAAUUUUCAUUCUCCAUUUAAUCCACGUUCCAUUCCCUCAGGUUUCCUGGUUUCAGAUUAUUUUACCAUCGAUUUACUCUCAGUUCGAGCGAUCGUCGAUUUUCCCGAUGAUCGUUGGUUAGUCUUUUUCGACGAUGAAACGAACGGGUACUUUUGUAUUCUCAACUUUCCCGGUGAUCUUUGUAACGAAAUGUUCAUCUGGAAUACUGAUAUUUGUCCCGAUCUGUUGAAUCAAUUCAUCGAAGAUUCAAUUUUCCUUUUAGCAAUUGAGAAAAUACCCUUCGGGUUGGACAGAUUUUUCCUCAUUAUCUCAGCAAUUCUAAUAACCGUUCUAAUCAUCCAGGUCAUUCUAAUCAUUGGCCUGAUCGCGAUAAUCGAUGAUUUCCUAGCGAUUAAAAAUCGAGUGAAAAUUUUCCGCUUUCUUUUAGAUCUACAAAAACAGCCCAAUUUACCUUAUAUUUCCUUCGGUCGUUAUUUACUUCGAACCGCUGAAAUGACCUUUAGCCUAAACGAAAACGAAGAGAGAGAAAAACAGGCUCGAUCAAAUUAAUUCAAAUUUCGAAAAGUUUUUCAAAUCACCCGCCGAACCUUCGUAGUCAUGGUAACAACGAUUCCAAAUUCAAUUCAACUUUUUUUUUAAUUUUCUUUCGUUCUCAUUUAAUUGUAAUCACAAUUAAACUUUUCGUUCUUUAUCAUCAUCAUUAUUAUUACCAAUUAAAUGUUUCUUUUAAACUGAUUAAG